AUGAAAACUAAUAUUUUUUUCAUAAACUUAAGAUUAAAUUAUAAACACAAACCAAAGGAAUACGAAAAUUUAAAAAUCAAAAUUACUGAGUUACUCACUCAAUACAAAAACUUUGUUGAUGUAAUUCCUAGUAACAAGCCUCACGUGGAUGUAUCACACCAACAAUCAUUUUCAAUUAACAACGGAAAACAAUUCAAUAAAAUUAUUACCGACAAGGAAAGUCACACGAAUCCCCAAUCAGUUCCUCUUCUUAAUCAACAUGAAGUUGCUGUUAAUAAUUUUUUUGAAAAUUUAGAUGAUAUAACAGCAAAAACUAAAAAAUUUAAAGCAAAACUUGCUGAUAUUAAAAAAUAUAUGAAAAAGAAUAAAUCGGUUAAAAAUGAAUUAUACCAAAAUAAUUUUGCAGACAUUGUCGAGGAAAAGAUGAAAUUUCUUUUAAAAAAUUGGGAGAAAAUAUUUGAGGAUAUUUUUGGAGAUAAAGACGAUGUUAAGGAAAUUAAAGAUAUUUUCAAGAAUUCGGGACAUCAAUUUGUUGGGUAUUGCCUUUCCCAACGAUUUCUUGAGGCAUUUAAUGAAGAUAGAGGAGUUAACAUUAAAGCAUUCAUCGACAACAAUUCACGACGAAAAUAUGCUCAAAAACUUGCUAAAAUUGUUAAGAAUAAUCCUUUGGAUAUAAAUUUUUACAAAUCAACAAAAGAAGUUAUCAAGAACUAUCUUGAUAAAAAAUGCAACAAUUUCCCAAAUGUUUUAAAAGAUUGUCUCUCAUCCAUUGAAAAUAUAUUUCAAAACUGGAAAGGGUAUUGUUCGAUUGAUAUUGAAAAUUUGGAAUUUGAAAAUUUUGAAGAAAUUGUUUAA